ACAGYGGUAAUUUGGAACCGUCGAAAAGGGUCKAUUAUGCUUUUGGACUUAUGAAUUCAAACCACAUGUCUGUUAAGAGCUUGAUAUCGUUUUUAUUCACGACUUUCCAUAUGAUAAUUAUAUCGAAAACUGAUUUAAGUUUGUUGUGCUAAGUUAUUGAAAAAUAUAAUGUCAACAUAUAAAAUGCAAAAUCCAUUCAAAAUUUGACGUUUGUAAACAAAUUUUACGUCAAUGGCUAUUCAUAAAUUAUUGUUAUUGUCGUAAUUCUUCGUCAUUGAUUGAGUUAUAAAUGUCUAUACUAAUUGUAUGUAUACAUAUAUUCAAGCUUUCGCAUUCUUGUUCCAAAUCAGUGUCAAAUAUGUUGAUAAGAACAAAAUGGAAAUUAAGACGCCCUUAAAAUAGCUUAAAACAGACUUUUGUCAAAACCGUUGGUCAUUGUGGUGUAAAGGACAGUAGCGUAAGUAUAAGAUUUUGCACAAGAAUUACUGAAAAUUUACGCGUCAAAAGGGAUACAACACGAUGCUACAUAUUUGGACAGUCAAGUCUACAAUGAACGUUUUUACACUUAUCUUUCUUGCCAGAGCGGUUUUCAGCGGAGCAAAUGAGGUGAUAUUCAAGUGUUACAUGUGUAAAGGCGGAGAUCAAUCCAUCGAUAAGUGUGACAUCAACAAGGUGCCUCAGCUGUGUUCCACAGAGAUGAAACGUUGCGCUACCUUCUCUUACGUCAACACAACUGGAUAUCGUACGUAUGGAAAAAGUUGUACUUAUGAAGAUUAUUGUACUGGAAAAUUCUGUAAGAUUAUGGAGUCUGUAGGUAACCGAGAUUGCCGUAUUGAGUGCUGUCUUGGAAACCUCUGUAAUUAUCAGAGAGGAUUUGCUUUGACUACAGCACGCGUGGUAACU